AAUCUCGCGAUGGCCGACGGGAUCCGAGAAGCGAGAAGAGGAGGCCCGGGGAGGUCACGUGGAUCUGAGUUGCUACUCGCUUGUCUUGCGGGGCGCAAAACGGAGCCGCUUGCUGACACCCGGAGCGAGAACGCGGAACGGCGGCAGCGAGUGACGCCCUCACGUUGACGCCGGGAAUACGAACGAGCCGCAAAGAGCACAUUUGGCAGUUAUUGCGGGGGCACCUGGGCGAAAACGGCGCGAAACGUUGGCGAGCUCUAGCUAGCUAGCCGCUAGCGGUGCUUUGAUUUGAACACGGGACGGCGGGGGUGAGUGUCGCCUUGCGAACUUCGGACGCUGAUUUCCGUCACUUGUCGGUCGUCGUCUGCCGUCCAUGAUCCCACGAAGGUGCACGAGCCAUGGAGCUGGGCGGCGUGGUGACGUCACUACCACCGCCGCCUCCCACUGAGACAAACUCUCUGUUUUGUCGGCGAAGUCGGGAGGAUUCACGCUUGGCCGCAAAAGAUGUCUGCGAAUUCCGCUUUGCGUCCAAUAUGAAGGAAAGCCGAGGCGGCUGGUGAGAAGGUGUGACGUGAGCCCCGCGUGCCCCCUUCCGGUAGGAGGGCCGAGCAUGUCGCUGUCGGUGACCCCCAAGGCGGCGCAGGUGCUCGCCAAACUUGCCAAGCACGCGGCCGGCAGGGCGCACAUCCAUCUGAGCCGCUGGCUGCACAGGAGCGGCGGCGGCGGAGACGACUGCGACAAGAUGGACCUGCUGGGGUGCGCGGGGGACCCGGGCGGUGACCCCGAGGCGGCGGGCGAUGCGGGCGUCGAGUCCCGCCACCCGUGCUUUGUCACCCCCUUCUGCCUGAAAAGCGCCCUCCUGGCGUUCCUGCUCGCCGGCCUGUGCUUCUCCUCGGUGGCGCUGGUCCGCCAGCACCUCAAGGACCUCCUGCUGUGGGCCGAGGGCCUGGACAGCCUGGCGGGGGCGCUCCUCUUCGUGGUGGGCUUCAUCGGGGUGUCCUUCCCGUGCGGCUGGGGCUACAUCGUGCUCAACGUGGCGGCCGGCUACCUGUACGGCUUCGUGCCGGGCGUGGGGCUGGUCAUGGUGGGCGUCCUCGUGGGCACCUUGGUGGCCCACCUGGCGUGCAAGCGGCUGCUGACGGACUGGGUGCUGCGCAAGGUGGGCGGCAGCGAGCGGCUGAGCGCCGUCAUCCGCGUGGUGGAGGGGGGCAGCGGACUCAAAGUUGUGGCCUUAGCGAGACUCACCCCGAUCCCCUUUGGACUCCAGAAUGCAGUAUUCUCCAUCACGGGCGUGCCCUUGCCAAACUACCUGGUGGCGUCCUCGCUGGGCCUGCUGCCCACCCAGCUGCUCAACUCCUACCUGGGCAGCACCCUGCGCACCAUGGAGGACGUCAUCGCCGAGCAGAGCGUCAGCGGCUACUUCGUCUUCGGUCUGCAGAUCGUGAUCAGCAUCGGCCUGAUGUUCUACGUGGUGCACCGCGCUCAGCUGGAGCUCAACGCCGCCAUCGCCGCCUGCCAGAUGGAGCUGCGAUCGUCGCGCAUCAACGGCCCGUCGUCGCCGUCGGCGUCCGCCGCCGACCGCGACGGCUUCACGUACUGCGGCAAGCGCACGUCGGCGGCCGCGGUCAACGUGGUGUGACGCCGGACGCCGAGCCGUAACGAUGGACUUUGGACCAGCAGGGAGAAAUGAUGGGUACAUUUAAAAAAAAAAACUUAUUAUUAUUGUUAUUAAUUUUUUGGGGGGGUCGGGCGGGGGGACCUGAAGAGAUGUCAACGAAAUAACGCUUUGAAUGUUAACUGGAUUUUUUUUUUUUGGUGUCAAACCAACGGCCACCUAUGCACCUUCUUUCCUACGUCGUCGCCGUGGAACAAAACCUAAUAAUAAUAAUAAUGAAUAUUCAUAACGCAAGAAUAAGGGCAUUGUUCAUAUUUUGGGAUUUUGUAAUUGAGUGCGCUUGAGUUAACGUCGGGACGGUGACGCUCUCCGAUUGGUUCGGACAGAAAACUCAGGAAUGUUGGAGACGUAACGCAAAGAAAUACUUUUACGCUCAAUUAACGUUAAAAACGUGGAUUUAAUUUCAUGUCUGCGAUGACAUUCCUGCCGUUUUUUUUUUUUUAAGAGCGCAGUUCAUCCCUGAAUGUCGGAAACGAAACAAAAAAAUACACGAUGGAGCCUAGAAGAGAUUGUGACGUUUUUUUUUUUUUUUACGUGCCAUUAUUUGCUCGUUCGUUUUGUAAAUCAGACGAGACGAAAAUUAGACGAGGAGACGAGUCGGACAGAGUUGUGAUUGCGAGAAUAAAGUCGAAUAAGAAAAUUAAAAAAAAAAAUAAAAUCCCAUAGAAUUGCGAUAAUAUUUUAAAUGUACAUUGGGGGAAAAAAAUUGUAGAAUUCUGGGGAGGCGGCUUAAAAAGUUGACAUGAAUAUUAACUUUUCAAUUAGGAUAAAAAAAAAAAAGACUUUAAUCUCAAAAUCACAACGAAUUGUGCGGCGUUUGUGUGCGACCUCCAAAGCGACGCCAUUUUGUUUUGUUCUUUUUUUGCGGUACUUUGCUGACAAUCAACACAGACGCUAAGGAAAAAAGAAACAAUGAAUGUGCAAAUAUGUGUAUAUAUAUCUCUAUUUUUUUACGAGUAUUUUGACUGUGUCUGUGGAAGACACACAAGGGCUCCCGCACGAGACAUCCAUAUUUGACGGGUUUUUUUUUUUCGUUUUUUUUUGUGUGCUUUUAAUUUAUUUGGUUGGUCGCCAGGUCGGAGGGGCCCCUUUUCUGUCUUGACUUUAGCAAUAAGAAUAUUUGCUUAGCCCGACGCAAAAAAAAAACAUGCAAAAAAAUGUAUCACGCAAAUUUUAACGACGCGUUUUAGAGAGGGCGGCCACAUUCCCGAGUUUGCCAUGCUUGCGUCCCGCAGCCUCGUGAAUAUUAUUAUGAUAUUAAUGAGCUGCGCCCACGUCACGACACUUUGUGAACUGUGCACACUCAAUUUAUAAUUUUUUUUUUUUAAACUGACAAGUGCGGACUAUUUGCCAAUGUUUGAUUAUUGGUAUAUUCAUGCAAAAAAAAAAAAAAAAACAACUGUGGGGAACUGAUGAAAUUAGUGAUAGUUAUGUAUCAAGUGAUUCAAAGGGAAGGCGGUAUUAAGUGCAUUACUGUACACAUAUGCUGUAUUUUCUCAUAUACUGACAAUUUGAAAGUGCAUAUAUAUGGAUACAUACAUACAUCG